UAGAAAUAUACUAUCUUGAGCAUCAAGGGUGAAUACACGCUGAACUUUAAUUAGUUUCGUAGUGCAACCUAAGUGUUCUUUUACUAAAAAUUUAAAAAAUUAUCUAAUCUUUUAAAAUGUUUAUAUCUGUAAUAAGGGCUUGUACUCAAGUAUCCCGGGGUGCAAUCGCUAUGAGACAUUCUGGAAUAAAACCAGUCAUGGCUAUUUCUGUCAGAAACAUGUCAGAACACAAAGAGGAAAGUGAUGAAGAAUUUUACUCAAGGUAUGAAGCUUAUUUCAACCGUAAUGAUAUUGAUGGUUGGGAAGCUAGGAAAGCAAUGAAUGAUCUUGCCGGGCAAGAUGCUGUUGCUGAUCCUAAGGUUAUUAUUGCUGCAUUAAAAGCAUGUCGCCGUUUAAAUGAUUAUGCAAUGGCAAUAAGAUUUUUAGAAAGUAUAAGGAUUAAAAGUCAAAUUGAUAGUAAAAUUUAUCCAUACAUUUUACAAGAAAUUUCUCCAACUCUUGAAGAAUUGGGCAUUGAAACACCUGAAGCUUUAGGAUAUGACAAGCCAGAAUUAGCGUUAGAAGAUGUUGACCACAUUUAUUAAUUAAUAUGUUAUUAUGCUGGUUAUAAUUAUUCCAGUAAACAGAGUUUUUUUUUUAAGUAUCUUAUUCUGAAAAAAUGAACAUCAAAUAUUUGUAGUUAUCAUUUAACCACCUUAAAUGAACUAAGGAUAAUUAAUGUUAUAUUAAUUAAAAAUUUUUUUCUGAAUUAUUUUCCUUGGUUUUUAUGUUUAUUAAUUCAUAUGCUUUUUAAAAAUAAAAAUAGAUACACAUAAUGUUUCAUUAUUUUAAGCUAUAA